GUGCGCGCGCGCCCGCCUCAGUGAGUGAGUGCAGUUGACUUACAGCGGGGCUGUGAGGAGAACUGACGCGAUCCGCUUUCCUUUUUCCCUUUUUUUUCGUCUUUAAACAAUUCACUUCAAGUGCUUUUAAACUCUAAACUUUUCUUUCUACUCUUUCGACAGUAGUGUGAACAGCUCGUGUUAAGGUUUUCGGUCGACCCUAGACGGGUUGAAGUUACAUUUGAGAGGAGUUUUUAAAGGCUGGGCCUUUCUUUUCCCCCCCCUCCAGUUGGUUUGAUAUAAAUGCUCUUUACCAAGAUGGACCUGUUGAACUACCAGUAUUUGGACAAAAUGAACAACAACAUUGGCAUUUUAUGCUACGACGGCGAGGCAGCGCUGCGCGGCGAGUCCAGGAUGCAGCCCAUGUCUUCUACAGUCAGUAACCACAGGACAGCGCCUCCUCCCAUCAGCCCCAGCAAGAGGAAACACAGCAUCGAACUGAAUGAUGACAGCAUGGAACCCAACAACGAGCAUGUGGCCAAGAUGAGUCGCCUCUUCGCUACACACCUAGGAAAGCCCACAAAUGGCGAUUACCGCAGGGAGCCUCGCGAACGGAGCCGCAGCCCCAUCGAGCGCUUGCACGCUGCCCACCUUUACACACACAUGCCCAACCUGGCCAUGGAGCAGCCGCUUGCACUAACCAAAAACAGCGCCAAGAUCCCCAGCUCACCAAGCGUCAGCCCCAUAGAGCGCCAGCAGAAUCGGCCCUCGGUGAUCACGUGCGCCCCUGCGAACAACCGUAACUGUAACCUCUCUCACUGCACUGUGUCUCACAACGGCUGCUCGCCUUCAAACUACAGGAGACCUUCUAACUCAAACGCAGCAUGCGACCCUGUGAUUGAGGAGCAUUUUCGCCGCAGCCUGGGGAAAAACUACAGAGAGCCGGAGCCAGUCACCAACUCGGUGUCCAUCACCGGAUCGGUGGAUGAUCACUUCACCAAGGCUCUGGGAGAGACCUGGCUCCAAAUCAAAGCUAAGGGAGGCUCCAACGGAAGCCCCGACUCCUCGACUAACACUCACAUGGUCAACAUCAAUCACUCGCCAUCCCUAGUUUCCUGAAACAGAGGACCAGCUGUGCAUCCCGCUCUCCUUCCAAAACCGCUUCACUCUCAAAGCGACUGUGCAUGAUUCAGCUCCAUUUCUGGCAGCGCUAGCAUAUAGCCAUGUACAUAAACUGACAUUUCUUUUUGUUACAUUUUUUUCCUUUUUUUCCAUAUGUUUAGCUUGGAGGCCCACAACAAAAGAAUUAAUAAGCAGGAUAUGAUUUUGGUUUAGAGGAGAGUCAGCUAUAGCAUCCUAACCACCUGCCUCAGAUACCAAAGAAACCUCUGAUGCAAACUCUUUGCCCAGUUUGACUUCUUCACACUUGGCUACAUCUCUUCGUCUUCUCUCCGGUUGUCUUGCACCACACUCUAUGCCUGUAACAUUCUCUUGGCUUGUGGGAGUUUUAUGAAGCCAAACAUCUUCUUAAGGGGUUAUCUCUGAAAGUAGACUCGUUAAAAGGAGGCGAGAAUUGAGAUGCCCUGAGGGUUUGUUUUUUAAUUCAGUACAGUUCAGCGUGGAAAGGUGUUCCAAGACAGAGGUGAUGAUCCUGAGAAGAGGUUUUUGUUUAGUAAAACUCCCCCCCCCCCAGCUCUCCCCUCCCAUACUGCUCUGUUUUCAUAUGUGGAUCCUUGACAGAAAGUCUUUUGCACUAUAACGGCCAUAAAUUAAUUGUUGGAGACUCGUUUCUUGGCCAAAAUGUUUUAACGACUGCUGACGCAAUGGUUGGGUGAUGUUUGUUUGACGUUAUUAAUUAGAGCUACGUUUGGGGGAGGGGGGAGCUUUGAUUUUUUUUUGUUCUUUUUUGGUGGGUGCUGACAACUGGACUGUGUCGAGUUAAACCGUGGGCAUUUUUCAUCUUGUUUUUUCCCCCCCAAGCACUGUGGUUUCAGUAGAGUAGCUAAGGUUUUGAGGGUAAACUAUUGCUUAACGGUGCAUGAGUUAUGACUUAUUUUUAAAUAGCUGGUAUCUAUUAUUGUGUAGACAUUUCAUUCGUAAUACUAGUAGCUUUUUCCUCAGAUUGUAGUUUAUUUUUGUCAGUAACAAUCCUAGAUAUACUUACUGCUGGUACAGUUGUACUCCAUAUUAUUAUUUUAUAUUCAAUAUACAUUAUGGUAAAAGCCAGAUACAGAGGACAGCCUCCGGACAGGCCAUCUAUAUAUUAACAGUGGAUGUUUAUGAUAUUAAUCGGUGGUACAGGAUGCUGUUAACGUUGUUUUUUUUUUGUUUUUUUUUCGCGUGACUGAAACAUUCGCGGCUACAGACAGGUCAGCUGAGAGUUGACAAUCUGCCGAAAAAUAUCGAGAGCUAAGUUUUUAGUUUUUCUGUUAAGUUUUGCCUGCAGCUGUUAGUCUUUACGUUGUUUAUUUAAAACACCAAGCCUGUACCAAGGUGAAAGACAUUCCUCCCAUAGGGAACUUAGUACAGGUCUCGCUUCCAGCUCUCAUUUUCUUUCGGCAAUUAGUAGAAGGUCGAUGCACAGCCCGAGGCGUCGCUCAUCUUAAGCUUGUCCUUACAUUCCGUCAGAUCCCAGCAAAUCCAUUCGACAUCGACAAAUUCGGAGAGCUUGCUGCCAGACUGGCGUCACUUUUAGUAAUAAAACUCUACAGAGAAGUCGUUUUCACCUUGUGCACAUGUGAGAAAAUGGUCAUUCGUUGCAUCAGGCCAUCGUCGUCGUCCUCCUUUAUGCAUGGACAGCGAAGAGAAAAAGACACAAAGUGUACCGAGGUCAAUAUCCACACAUUUCCCUACCAUUUUCCUAGGUAGGAAACUCAACUUUCUCUUCUUGACACACAUUUACCUUACACGCUGUAGGUAAAUCACAUAACAAAAACAAACAAAAACAAAAAAAUAUAUAGGUAACUAUAAGACCAUCAUUACGCUGUGCGUAAUGAAUGUACAGAGAAAAAAAAUCGUAGGUAUUUUUUGAGGAACAAUUAAUUUGUUAAUGAUAUGUAGCUAUUUAAUUUGUUUUCCCUGUCCUUUAUUGUAAUCAUGCUUUUUUUUUUUUUUUUUUUUGAAGAAAAAAGUUGAUCUUUUUCAUUUGUAGACUUGUCUGUAAAAGGUUUAAAGUGCAGGAACACAGUUAUUGUAUGAAAACACUGCGUUAUAGCCACUUGUGUAUUAUUUUCUGAAGGCUACUGAGCAGUCUCGAUCCAGUGUCGAACACAAAGGCUUCUUAGCCGUCUCUGGAGGCAAGCAAACAAAAAUCACUAAUCAUUAAAGGAGCAGUUCCACUAAAAGUGAAAUUCAUGCUUUUGUCACGCUUUAACCCAAACAAUGUCCAAACUGAUAUGAAAUUAGCUUCUCGAGUUUUGCACCGGAGCUAUGAGACUAAGUUUAAACAAAUAAAAAAAAAAAAAAAGUAAAGGCAGCUCCAGUUUAGCAUCCAACUCGAAUAAGAGCGAUGUUUUUCAAAAUUUCCAGUCUGAAGGAGGAAUUGUAAGUUAAAAGUGAUGCAGGUUUGUGUUUCUGUUUGAUAACAUUUUCAAUGCAAACUGUUUCUGUUCCAAUGGUGUUACUGAGCCACAUGUCUUUUGAAGCAAGUGUGUGAUGAUUUGGACACGCAGUGCGUAUGAUGCUAAACUGGAGGCUUGACGCUUCCGUCGACUCGUUGGCUGCAUCAGUCCUGUAGCUCCAGGGUAAAAAAAAUAAA